CACGUGCAUUGGGAGGGACUUACGAUGGCGCCUCGUAUUCCUCUCCUGUUGUUGAGCACCUUCGCAUUUUCUCUCUCUCAGUACACACCAGACUGGAAACAUACGGAGAGAAUCUCAAGUACGAAGACUUUCUACCAAUGCUUACAGGAGAACUAUUUGAUGCUGAUGAAUGGGCAGAUAUCUUUUACAGAGCUGGUCUCAGGUAUUUUGUACCUCUCUCUAAACAUUGUGAUGGUUACACACUCUGGCCAAGUAAGACAAGUUGGGGCUGUAGACACUGGUCCUCACCGAGAUAUUAUUGGGGAGUUGACUACUGCCUUGAGAGCGAAGGGACUUCACGCUGGAGUGUACUUUAGUCUCUACGAAUGGUACCAUCCUCUUUAUGUUGGCCCACAGCCAGAGUUGUAUGUCAGAGAGGUUAUGACACCACAGCUGAUGGAAAUAAUUUACAACUAUAAACCGGACAUAUUGUGGACAGACGGAGAGGAAAAACCUUCCUCCUUUUGGAAUUCAACUUACUUUCUCGCUUGGCUCUACAAUGAAUCACCUGUUAGAGAGAAGACUGUAGUAAAUGAUCGUUGGGGUUCGGACUGCAGAGGAAAACAUGGCGGAUUUUACACUGAGGAAUACAGUUCACAAACAGUUGCUGAUCACAAGUGGGAAGAAAACAGCGGCAUUGAUAUCCACAGUUACGGGUACAAUCGGAAUACUCCAUCGGAUAAGUACUAUACUGCUUCCUAUUUGAUUGAUCUUCUCACGAAGACGGUUGCCUAUGGAGGCAAUUUGUGUCUGAAAGUCGGCAUCAAUUUUGAUGGUAAAAUACCAAACAUCAUGGCAGAACGUUUGCUGCAGAUAGGAGCUUGGCUAGAUGUCAAUGGUGAAGGCAUUUACAACACAACCACGUGGAAAGUACCAGACGCACAGGUGCUUGUCAAUUUGAGUCAUAUGGUUGUAUUCAAUAAUACUGACAUCGUAAAUGGUCAGGUGACUCCUGGCAACAAUACAUCAAAUAUCAAAUAUUUGGGUACAUUUGAAACUGAUGAUGAAUGUUUAAAAAGUUGUGAGAGUGAUUAUUGGUGUAACUCAUUCACUUGGGUUCAGAGUGCUGAUGAUGCUUCUAAACAUCAGUGCUUUGGUCGAACUGAUCUCUACUGGCAUCCAAAUUCAGAAGAAGGCCACGUGAGUGGACACAGAGAUUCGAUCACAAUUCGCUACACUGCUAGCAAACUUCAGAGCAAGACUGUCUAUGCAAUCAUCACCGACUGGCCCACAGGCAGUACAUUGAAUCUCACCAGCCCUAUUCCCAGCCAAUCCACUGCAGUCUCCAUUCUUGGUUAUGAAGGAUCGUUGAAGUGGUCAGGCACUCCAGAUAAGGCUGGAAUGAGCAUUAUGUGGCCUAUUUUGACAGUUAGCGAACUGCCAUCGAUGUAUCAGUGGACUAUCAAACUUACAAAUGUUUCCUAGACUUAACUGUCGCAGCGCCGAUGGUAUAUUUACGAGUCGUUUCAACUUUGCUUUAAAUUCGAUGAAACGCUUUUCUAUUACAUUAUUAGAUUAUUAUACGCAAGGUUUUGUAUGCAUCUACCAAUUCUAUUGCACCCAUGGAUACGUAUA